ACUGGUUGUUCAAGAGAGGAGCCUGAGAAUCUAAAGCUCUGCCUCCACUUCUACAGGGUAAGUCAAAUCACAGGACACCAUUUUAUUUUGAUCUCAUAUGAUGUCUAUGUUCUGGACAAAGGAUAAAUAUAGACCAUUAUUCAGGUACAUCUUUAUUAUUUUCUGAAAUAAAAGCGUAUCCUGAGCAUUUUUCACUCACCUUGUACUUUUAGAAACUCUAGGAAUCCAAAAUAAACCUGCAGUCUGAACACGGUCCUACAUACCAGUGUCCUAUCAACCACUGUCAGCUUUACUAACAGUGCUGGUGAAUCUUUCACAGGCAGAGCUGGAGCCUCUGAAGCUAAAGUUCUUGUGCAAACACCAAUGAACUGGGUCGAUGCUCAGCAGUACUGCAGGGAGAGACACACCGACCUGGUCAGUGUGAGAACCUCUGCUGAGAACGAGGAGAUCCAGAGGAUGGUUCCAGCAGGAAGGCUGGUCUGGAUCGGCCUUUUUGGGGACACCUGGAAGUGGUCUGAUGGACGGGACAGCUUGUUCAGAUACUGGCUGCAGGGCAACCCGCAGAGCUCAGGGUCCGGAUCAGACUGUGUUCAUGUUGAUGGUGGAGCAUGGAGGACACAGUCCUGUGACUCCAAAUCAUCUGUUCUCUGCUACUAUUAUAAGAAACGAUCUGUGGUGAAAAUCAGCUCUGAUGUCGACAUGUGUGACCCCGCUGUCCAGCAACAAAUUCAACAGCAGCUGGAGACAAAGAUGAAAAGCAAAGGCAUCAAUGACUUCAAGAUCCGUUGGAGGAUGUCUGGGAAACAGGUUUCACACAACAAUCAAAUAAAACAGUGUGCGAAGUCUCAAGCAGGUGAAGUUUGAGCAUCAAGCCUGAAUCAUUGUCUAAAGAGGGAUUAUGAAGAGGAGCAGUUUCAUAGAUCUUCUAGAUUUUCAUUUUCUCUACGGAAACAAAUAUAUCAAUUCUUUUAACAUGUUUUUAUUGUGUGUCUUAGUGUUUACAUGAUGUAACUGCUGAGGUGAGAGUAACACAAGGCUUUGGUAGAACUAUAUUUCUGUGACCUAACAUCUAGAAAAGUUAGGUAAUCCUUCAACUAAACUUACUGUCCAAGAAUUGGUAAUUUUAUUUCAAUAUUGCUGACUUUUGAGUUUUACUCUGAAGGGUUAAUGUGUUAAACACAGCUUUAGUAUUUAUUAUUCUUCCCUUCAGUUCUACUAAAGUAGCUUUUUUACUCCCAGUAAUUAGAUAUAUUUAUA